AAUCUAUUUAUCUUGCCUUUUUGUGUUCCUGAAGUUUCUCCUUCCAAUCCAUCAAACAGCAAACGUGUCAGAAAAUAUCUAAGCAAAAACCAUGGCUGCCACACUCAGCCUCCUCAAACUUCCAAUCUUGCCCUCAAAACAGCACCAAACUAAACCCAAGCUGUCAAUUCCGAGCAAGCAUUCAGUUACUCUUCUCCCUCAAAAGCUCCUCCCCAAUGAGACCAUUGACCAACUCAGAUCAGCUUCUCUUCCUCUCACAGCACUCACAUUACCUUUCUUUCUCGAUGCCAAGGAUGCAUUUGCAGUGGGUGGAGAGUUUGGGAUAUUUGAGGGAAGAACUAUUGCUCUGAUUCAUCCCACUGUGAUGGCUGGUUUGUUUGUAUACACUUUAUAUGCGGGUUAUCUUGGAUGGCAAUGGCGGAGAGUUAGGACUACUCAAAAUGAGAUUAAUGAGCUGAAGAAGCAAGUUAAACCUCUCCCUGUGACCCCUGAAGGCACCCCUGUUCAACCCCCUAAGCCAUCCCCUGUUGAAGCCAGAAUUCAGCAACUCACUGAGGUGCAAGUGAAUACCUGGUUUAGGACUGGGAAGUUAUUUCCAGGGCCUCAUUUAUUUGCCGGGGCAGGGAUUACAAUUCUGUGGGCAGCAGCAGCAGCCCUUGUACCAGCAAUGCAAAGGGGGAAUGAAACCGCUAGAAAUCUGCACAUAGCUUUGAACGCAUUAAACGUUAUCCUCUUCAUUUGGCAAAUCCCUACUGGAAUUGACAUUGUCUUCAAAGUAUUCGAAUUUACCAGCUGGCCUUGACUUGUUCGUCGUUUGAAGGCUGAGUUGUCUGCUUUCUUAUGUAAGUAUUCACAAUAGAAGAGAGUACUUAUUGCGGUAUGGUGCAAUGGUUAUACCAGGUGUAAUGGGCCUUUCGAAGAUUUAUCUAGAAAUAAAGAAAAAUAAAAAUAAAGGAUGAUUCAUUUAGAUACAGGUCAAAACUAAUGGUGUGAGCAUGCUUGUAUCAAUCAAGCUACUAUGCAUCAAUUUAGAAUUAGUUGGGGUUGACGACAGAAAUAUUUUGUAUGCAUUUCUCUCUGCUCAGGUAUUAGAGUACUUUGGAAUUAUUGGUUUUAGCGGUGCCUCAGCUGCAAUUCAAGAUUCCUUCAGCUUUAUGAACAAACCUUGUGUUGAUUUCAGAGUUAUAUCUGUAGUUUGUAAACUGUAAAUGGCGUUAAAUCUAGCCAGCUUUUCCUUAAUCAAAUCAUAAAUGGAGCAUCGUUUUGAUCA